UCCUAAAGGACUCUAAAAACGCUCACUUGUACCGGAACAUUUAUGUCGUAAGCAGCACGACAUUUAGCGGCCCCCAUAAUUGGGGGCAAUUGUGACGGGGGAUAACUUGGAGAUAACCGCUAUGCCACGCCAGGGCCUUGCCGCUUUCAUGCGACUGAACGAGCGGUCGUCCCGCGGUCAGCCGGACAGAAGGAGUUUACCGCCGGCCCUGGAACGUGACUCCUCUGGCCGCGACACGAAUAGUGGCACAGCGACAAGGAUGCUGUCUCCGCGCGCCGAGCUGUGGCUCAAACUGGGCCGAACCUGCAACCUCAGCCUGGGCUGCAUGGGAAUGGGUCUCAUCUUGGCGCUGACCGGUGUGGCGCUGCUGGACCUGGUCGAGAUCUACGACUCCAACAUUUCAAGCGUGUCGCAACUCAUCACCACACGCUGCGUCGGCGCUCUGCUCGGCUCCCUACUAGGUGCGUCUCGCGGAGAAGGAGUAUACCUCUUUGUUGAGGUAACCGACAUUAAACCAAAUGGGUUCGUAAUAUCCGACCGUAAAGAAGGCGGAGUGGGCAGACAUUCACGCGUAACAAAGUUUAAGAACCGCUUCGUAAUUGUGGACCGUUCCUUGGAGGGAAGUGCCACGACCGCGGUUGCAUACACACAGCGGUGUUUCGGUCGGUGCUUUAUUUCAGGAGGCAAGCUGUACGACAUGUACAACGUGCAGAUCAUGUCUAUACUGAUGAUGGCGAUUGCCUGCGUGACGGUGCUCAUGAUUCCGCUUAGUGGAAGCCUGCCGCUUGCUCACGCCAUGGUCUUCUUCGGCGGGAUCAGCGUGGGUGCCUUCGACACCGGAGCGAACGUGUGGAUCAUCAACCUGUGGCCGGGGAACAGCAGCCCGGCGCUGCAGGUCUACCAUUUGGCCUUUGGCGUCGGCUGCCUGCUGACACCGCUCAUCGCCGAGCCCUUCCUGUCCACCGGCCAUGGCGGCUCGUCGCUGAACCAGACGGCCACCAACCUGAGCGAGCACUUGAGCCCGAACGACACUGGCUACAGCCCGGUGGAGCCCCCGACCGGAAUCGACGAGAGCCGGGUCUACUACGCGUUCGGCAUAGUCAGCGCCUUCCACCUUGUCCUGGUCGUUGCCAUGGUGGCGCUGUACUUGUUCGACAACGCCGACGCCAAGCCUCCCCGUGGGGAUGGCACCCCCGGGUGCAAGAAGGAGUCUCCCGAGGAGGUGCGCUUUACCCGCAUCGUGCUGGCCCUGCUGAGCGCCUACGUGUGCGUCUACGUGGCGCUCGAGUGCACGUCGUCCCAGAUGCUCACCGCGUUCGCCGUGAAGAGCGAUCUGCACUUCCCCAAAUCGGCGGCCGCUCGCGUAGCGGCCGUCUACUUCUUCUGCUUCGCGGCGAGCCGCCUGGCGGCCGCACUGGUCACUAUCAAGAUGUCGCCUCUUCAGAUGCUCGCCCUCUCCAACGUCAUAAUCUUCGUCGCGGCCGCCGUGCUCGUGGUAUGGGGCUCCAGCAGCAGCGCCGUGCUUUGGGCGUGCAGCGCGCUCACGGGCAUCGGCCAAGGUCCCGUGUACGCGGCCGCGGUCGCAUGGAUCGUUGCCUAUAUUAACAUCAGCAACAUGAUGAUGUCCAUCGUACUAAUCGCGGCGGGCAUCGGCGCACUAUCGCCGCCUCUUCUAGUGGGUCAGUUCUUAGACCACAGUCCAAACUUGUUCCUCUACGUAUGUUUCGCGGCGGUCUUGCUGUGCGUAGUGUUUUUUGUCGCCAUGUACUUUUACGUUCGAAAAAGGCCGCUGCUAAGCGCUGACAAAGACGUAUGCGUUAUUGGAACUUGCGAAAAACCUCUCGAACGAAACGCUUUCGCUCUAGCGGCGUCUCCACCCCUUGCAGCUAGAUGCACGGCUCGGCAGGACACGAUAGUUCAAUCGUGUCCUGUAGUUCAAUAAACAUAACUGACCAGUAGUUCAAUAAACAUAACCGGCAGCAUUGGAACUUCAACACACCUUUUGUUUUUGCCUGGACACACAAUACAAGACAGAUUUUCAUCUCGCGGAAGGCGUGUUCUUAGGUACGUGCACACUACAGCACCUGUUGCACGCAGGUAAGCGACAUGUGACCUUCACAGGUUGCCUUAUCUAUUCUUCCCCUUUCCCCCUGCAGAAGUGUAGGGUAGCCACAGAGACAUGACUGCAAAUACCCUCCUGCGCACUUUUACGGAAACGUUAGCGUCCCAUAUAGAUCUAAAUGGAGUGAUAACAUAGAAAAGAAAUUAUGGGGUUUAUAAGUGCCAAAACCACUUUCUGAUUAUGAGGCACGCCGUAGGGGGGGGACUCCGGAAACUUGGGCCAUCUGGGGCUCUUUAACGCGCAUCUAAAUUUAAGUACACGGAUGUUUUCUCAUUUCGUCCCCAUAGAAAUGCGGCCGUCGUGGCCGGGAUUCGAUCCCGCGACCUCGUUCUUGGAAGCCCAACGCCAUAGCCACUAAGCAACCACGGCGGGUGAUAAUAAAAAGAAAGACUCGCCUUUGCUAUGUUCUUUUGUCUUGCGACGCGACAUUUCCCAGUUGUGUACGACGUUUGGCGUGACUUAAAACUGUGCUUCAGGGGCCGUUAGAACAUUAACGGCAUGCUUUGUGCUUUAUUGUGCGCGUUGUAAACAUUGCUCGCCCACUACUUAAACGUAGACGAGGCCACUGGGUGAAGUACGGAUUAACGCUUUCGAAGGUUUGUUUCGGUGUCAGAAUGAAUCGUCGUCAUCACCCACGGCGUUUAGAAACUGCAGAUGCCGGUAUACGAUUAGUUGUGCCGUAAAUUCGUUUAAACUUAGACUUCUAGUACUGUUAACCAUCAAACUCCGCGCCAUUUCUCAGCGGUUACUUGACGAGGCAACCAAAGUGUCCCAAACGUUGAACAAGGUAAGCCUGCUAUAGCGCCAUCUGUCUGCGUGCGUAAAAUCC